AUGCCUUCUCGCCGUAGUCAUGCCUCGUACUAUCUCUCAACUCUCCUCCCAUUCCUCACGCAUCCCUCAGCCCUCCGCCCUUUCUCCCUCACCCUCGCCGCUUUUCCCCUCAGCCUCUCCACCCUUUCCUUUCUCUCCAUCCGCGACCCUCGCCACUUCACCCCUCGACAGGCCAGCGACCGGUUCAACAUGUGCAGCCAGCUGGAGCACGUGCAGCCAGCUGGAGCACGUGCAGCCGUGUCCACCACUUUCUUUUUUCCUUAUCCGCCCUUCCCCCUCACCGUCGACCCUUCCCCCUCACCCUCCGCCCUUCCCCCUCACCCUCCGCCCUUCCCCCUCACCCUCCGCCCUCCCCCCUCACCCUCCGCCCUUUCCCCCCCAACCCUCCGCCCAUCCAUCCUGCGCCAGCAUAAGCACAAGCGAGUAAUGAAAACUCACAGGGACAGCUACGGAUCGUAUGUGGGGCACCGCACCACUUAUUCCUGGCCUUCCUUGCCUCUUCUUCCACCUACUUCCUUCUCCCCGCCCUCCCCCGGGUUGCCACCAGACCGCGAUGAGGAGGGAGCCCGCCUUGCUCCCACUUCCGCCCUUGCUUGCCCACGCCUCACCUGCCCCUUUCCACGCUUUCUUGCCGUCCUGCCCUCCCCUCUUCGCCCCUCCCUGCUCCCUGUUUCCUGA